GAGGGGUGGGAAGCCUUGCGCGGGCGGCGAGCGCGAAGCCGCCUUAAAGAACCAGAGCCUCCGGAAAGGAAAAGAGAUCCCAUUAUCUGGCAACCUUGGAAGAAACUCAGACCAGGCGAAUGAUCAUACAUUGACCUUUGAGGAUUAAGACUAACCUGAAAUUUAAAAUGUUUCUCAGGGAAGAACAAAGCCUGAUUUUCCUAAUAAUGUGUUUCCUGACACUAAGGCUGUCUGCCAGUCAGUAUUGCCCAGUGAAGAGUCUGGAAGAUGUUGUCAUCGACAUCCAGUCCUCUCUUUCUAAGGGAAUCAGAGGCAAUGAGCCCAUCCACACACUGACUCAAGAAGACUGUGUUAAUUCAUGCUGUUCAACAAAAAACAUAUCAGGAAACAAAGCAUGUAACCUGGUGAUCUUCGACACUCGCAAAACAAUUAGACAACCCAACUGCUACCUGUUUUUCUGUCCCAGCGAGGAAGCCUGCCCCCUGAAACCGGCAAAAGGACUCAUGAGUUACAGGGUAAUCAGAGAUUUUCCAUCUUUGACCAGCACCGACUCGUCGCGUCAAGACCUAACCCAAGAAGAAUCUCUCUUCCACGGCCGGCCCUCACAAGCUGCCGCUCCCACAGCCACUCGCUCGCCAGGUCACGCACAGCGCACGGAGGCCAUCGGAAGAGAUGCGCUCUCGCAGACGCCUGCGUCCUCUGAUCGCUUGCAGAAAGGACUCCAGCUUAAGCCACCGAGGACACGGUUCCCUGUUUACAAAGAGGAAAGCCAAUCUCAGAGUUCCCCGUUAACCCCCAAACAGAAAAUAGCCCACCUGCUGCUUGAAAAUGGGACGCUGGCCCCUAAGACAGCAGCGGCUGUUUCUCCCCAGACCAUCCUGGUUUCUCUGAAGCCCACAGUUCUUCAGCCCACCCAUUCAUCAGGGGUACCUGCUGCGACUUCCCAACCACAGGCGGCCACCACAGCACCGCCCGUCACAACCAUGACCUCUCAGCCCCCCACAGCCCUUGUUUCUACCAGUUUGACACGAGCUGUAAUUACACUCCUGGCUAAUCUGACUACAGGUCUGACAACCACCGUCCAGGCACCUCCAGGCUUGAACAGCACUCUGGAAAUGGUGCCCUCUGAAGAAACCUCUACCCUCACCUUGAACCCAGGGGAUGCUCGCAACCUUGAGACCCACCCUUUCUCCAAUGUGGAACCCUCUGUGGCAAAUAAGACUGCUUCCCAGGAGACGGGGGAGGCCGGCCCAGGCAGGUCUUCUCCGAGCAAGGUUUCAGAAAGCCAGCAUGGUCUUCCCUUUGAAAAGUGGCUCCUCAUUGGGACCCUGCUCUCUGGUGUCCUGUUCCUGGUGAUAGGCCUGGUCCUCUUGGGUAGAAUGCUCGCAGCCUCCCUCCACAGAACGCGUUACUCAAGACUAGAUUAUUUGAUCAACGGGAUCUAUGUUGGCAUCUAAGGGUGAAGCUAGAGGUCUCUUAACUCACUUAGUACCUAAUAACGCAAGUGCUAACUCCCUGAUAACCCACUGACCUUAGCAGGAGGUUGUGUCUUGUCGGUGGGACAAGUCCCCCUCCCGCUUUCUUUUCAUGUAUGUUUUGAGGAAGAAGGAGGGAAAGAAGCAGUGAGAUCACGGAGGACCUGUCUGAACUAGCAGCUGACAGCAGCUCUCCCCAGAGAAGAGUGAAUGGCCACGGAAAGGGAGUAGCGCCACUGGUCACAUGUUAGGCGAGUGGUUAUGAUUUCAAGGCUUGUUAAUGUUUCUGGUUCCAGAUAAAGCCAGUUUCAUGAUAUUAGUUCUCAUGGAUCCACUUUCCUUUUAUAUGAAUUCCAGCAAAACUUGUUCCAGAUGUGUUUCCUUCCCAUUAAAUAGUUGAAUAAAUCUUUGGUUGCUCGGUAUUAUUCUUAUAGGUGACACAUCCAGCUGGAUGGCCCCUGUCUGUUCCCAUCAGCACAGUGAUAGCAUCACAGAACUAUGUGCUCCAGGCUCCAAUAACAAAUAGCCACCGCCCCCCACCCCUGCUCUUUUCCCAUCAGUGAGCCCAGAGGCUCCUUUGGGAGAAUUCUGAAAGGCUUCAAGCCCACGUGGAGACCACGCUCGUCGAUUCUGAUUGCCAAAUCCCUGUCAGACCUGUACCUGUUAACUUAAAAAAAAAAAAAGAGUAACAUAAUAUUACAUGGGCUGCUGAACUGAAAUAUCUAGCAUUGGCAAAUGCACUGGGGCAAAAGUGUACUCCGGUUCCCAGGGGCUCUCAGGAGGAGGGAAGGAGGCUUCAGGAGCCCAAAGUUUCUGCCUGGGCUUAGGAUAAGUGUUUGGAAAUGAAUCGUGCGAUGGUCACCCUCCCUGAGGAUUGGACGCAAUGUCAUUGAAUCGUGCACUUCAAAAGACCAGCCAACAGUUCCUUCCAAACAAAAAUGAAAAGAGGGCGGCAGGGGAACUAGAUGAACGGAAAUGGGAAAGCCAGAACUGAACCAUAGAAUGGCCAUGCUUGUGCAGAAUCUCUCCAGUGUGACCCGACAAUGUGCGGAGAAGUUGUUGAUCAGCCAAACUCAUUGCCGUCGAGUUGAUUCAGACUUAUAGCAGCCUCAGAGGACAGUGUGGAACUGCCCCUGUGGGGUUCCAAAACUAAGUCUUCACGGGACUAGGAAGCCUCGUCCUUGUGAUUAGCAGCCCAGCACAGCCAGCUGUGCCACCAGGGCUCCUUGAGAUUGUGGAAUGGUGACCCUAAAUGGCUUUGUAAACCAUCAACCACCUACAUAAAACCUUCUGCAUAUAUGAGCAUGAACCUAGAAUGGAAAGUCUGUGCUUGUACCGUGAUUUGGUGAAGUGGAACAGACAACAGAGCUAAUCUUGUGGGCUACAAGCAAUCUAGUUGUCAAAAAAAUUUUACAAUGCCAUAUUGGCUACAUAUUUUACCGCCAUCUUUUAAAAAAAAUGGCCAACUAAAACAAAAGUCAUGCAGACAUUUCCUAAAGGUGCCCCAAUGUAAAAAACAACACCUUGGCGGAACUUGACCAGCAGUCAAACUUAGCCUUUUUUUGGAACAUCAAUAAUAUACCCGAAACCAAAACCUCAUCACCCUACAGGACACCAGAGAACUGCCCCAUACUGUUUUCCAAAGACUGAAGUCAUCAAGCAAGCCGGUUGCCACACCAUUUGUCCAAUGAACUGGCUGUUAGCAGCCAAGUGCUUAACCACUGAGCCAUCAGAGCUCCUGAAUAAUGCCUAGAACCUAGACGUCUUGAAUGACUAGUAUCACAACGAGUCGGGAUUGACUGGGGGGGCAGUGAGUGCGAGAGCUACUGAGGUUUCUGGGAAAUACUUUCAAUAGGGCUUGUCAGACAAGUUAGAGAUGGGCAACUAAGAAUCUAGAAGGCUGCCAGGAACCCAUUUAGUAUCUUCCCUCUCUGGACUUGAGUUUCUUUUUCAACAAAGCUCAGAGUUGGGUCCCUCCCAGGUGUCAGCAGGGUUUUUGCAUGGAAAUGUGGAAUUCAGAUGAGAAGUUUCUCCAGUGAGCACUGGAGGGCGGCAGCUGGUUGUGAACCAGUACUGCAGUGAGCACGAAUGUAGAAACACAGAUCAGCGGCUUCUCUUCCCUCCUCAUCUCCUUCCCCCUCUCUGCCCUCCCCCACGGCUCCCCCUAUCUACACUAAGCUCAUAAAGCACAUUAAGAGGAAAGCCAGUCUAUUGAAAAUACAACUUUUCUACUACGUAAUAGCUUGACACAAAUCUUCAGGGAGUUUACAUAAGCUUUUUAGAUGGUUGAAUAAAUAAAACCUUGAAUCAA